CUUUCAAAGUCAUGACGUCACGUGUUUGGGAUAAAGAAGCUAACUUAACAACUCUACGAUACGCUGUCAUAUUGAGAAAACAUAGCACAUGAUGCAUAUGUUGUGCAGAGUGGGGAAACCUUUGUCAUGUAGCAGUCAGUCUAUUAGUCUCACGGUUCAUCCUUACAAUGGCAGAAAACCAGGAAGUUCGAGAGGCAGCUGGAGUGAAGUACACAUCUCGGACAGUACCGCAAGUAGUCCUGGAUGAAAACAUGAAUAUCGUUUUCUUGUGUCUUGUCUGGACGGGCAAAAAGUGGGGCAGUUGUCUCGCCCAGAUCACUGCUGUGUUUGAAGAGGAUCAUCUGGAAGUGUAUGUAAGGCCUACUUCUACCCAAUCCCUGGAUAGACAGUAUCUUAACUGGAUCGCUGAUCUUGACUGGAAUGGAUCGACCAUGAAGAAAAAAGGCGAAGCUAUUCCUGAAGAUGACGUCCUUGAACUUGGGGCAGCGCUGACUCUCCUGGUGGAAUGGCUCAAGGAGAGGCAACCAGUCGUCUGCGUGAUAAGAGACUUCAUGAUGGUCGACUCGUGCAACCUCGUCGACCUGCUAAUGCAAGCUGGAUUGUACGACGCAUUCGCCCGCGUUUGUCGUGGAUUCGUAAGAGGCUCGGCUAUUUUCAAGGACAAGGGGAUAAAGCCAGGGAUCGUCGUUUUCAAUGCCCGGAAGUUCAGAGAUGCCCUGCAGGCUGUAGGUUGCGACCUGCGGCUCCUCCAGGAAUACUCCAUGAGCGUGGAGAGUGUCCAGGAGUAUUUUGCGGACAAGGAGAAGACAUACUGGGCUCGGACCAGUUUUAAGGCUCUCUUCGACCAGGAUGUGAUCAGCAAAGGCCAUGCUUGGCGGCUGGCGAUUGAUGGAUGGAAGUUUCAGGAUAUGAAGGAGAUCUACAAGGACGACGGCGAGGAGGUCCUCAAGGCCAAGCUCCGUUUAGUUUUCCAGGACGAGUUUGAGAAUCUUCAAGGAAAAGUGAACCCGGACGUUUUAAGCGAAGAAGACAUAAUCGGUAUUUGUAAUUUCUUGAACGAAAACCUUUAAUUGCUUUAUACCGAUUUGCCUUUUUACCCACAUUAUCCAAAAUGUAUUCAUUAUCCAAAAUGUAUUGAUGUUUAGUACAUUGUAUAGCAACGUUUCCCCAACUUUUUUUAGUUGUGACAAGGAAUAACAAGUCCAAUCUUUUCAAUGCUAGUUAUA